UUCCGCGUUCUGUAAGAGGAAGGAGAAAGGAAGAGCCUGGUGAGGGCGGGGCCUCGGGGCCGGAAGGGGCCACGGUUGCCUAGGGGACGCCUACGAUGCCGCAAGCUCCUCUGCUAGCUCCCUGUAGAUUCUGUGGGCGCUUCGGUUUUCCCGACCCUCUUGACUUGAGUGGAUGAAUCCCUCAGGCCUCUGGGCAAGUCCUCUUAGAUGGGAUCGGACAGGAUCUGAGAGCUGAGGAGGGGUCCCUCGUGUCCCAACCAGAGACGCGCAAGGUUCCCGCCCCGCUCCCCCGGUGGUGAAUCGCGGCUGGUUUGUGAAAAUUUGAAUCAUCAUUAUGGGAUUGCUGGACAAGCUGUCAGGCUUGCUUGGCCUGAAGAAGAAGGAAAUUCAUGUUCUGUGCCUUGGGCUGGAUAACAGUGGCAAAACAACCAUCAUUAACAAACUCAAACCUUCGAAUGCUCAAACUCAAGACAUAGUUCCAACAAUAGGAUUCAGUAUAGAGAAAUUCAAGACAUCCAGUUUGUCUUUCACAGUGUUUGACAUGUCAGGUCAAGGGAGAUAUAGAAACCUAUGGGAACAUUAUUACAAAGAAGGCCAGGCCAUUAUUUUUGUCAUCGAUAGUAGUGACAGAUUAAGAAUGGUUGUAGCCAAAGAAGAACUUGAUAUUCUCUUGAAUCAUCCAGAUAUUAAGCACCGCCGAAUACCAAUUUUAUUCUUUGCUAACAAAAUGGAUCUUAGGGAUGCGGUAACAUCUGUAAAAGUGUCUCAGUUGCUGUCUUUAGAAAACAUCAAAGAUAAACCAUGGCAUAUUUGUGCUAGUGAUGCCAUUAAGGGAGAAGGAUUACAAGAAGGUGUAGACUGGUUACAAGAUCAGAUCCAAGCAGUGAAGACGUGAAAAAAUAAAUGAUUACAAUACAUGAUGAUAUUCACAAACUUCAACGAUUGUUUCAUUUCAAGGCCUGAUUUCUUAAAGCACACUUUGUUUAUUUUUUUUUUUUAAUUUUAGGCUUUGCCUGUGUGUGUUUAAAAAUAUCAUACAUUAUUUUAUUUGCUUUCAUGGACUCAAGAGGAAUGAGCUUUUUAUUUUUUAGCAAUAUAACUUCUCAGGUAUUUUGAGGCCAUGAGUUAUGUUCAGACCAAAUCUUCCCUUAGCAGGGACACUAGAAUAAUCACUCCAUUAAAUGUCUGCAUUCAAUUUUAA